UCAUACAGAGAAGUGGAAACACAACAGGAAAGUGGCAUAAUGAUCCCCUCCCUCCCUUUUCCUGAACCCUUUUUUAGAGGGCUGUUCCCCCAACAGAUGGAAAACUGCACUGUCAGACUUACGCAAGUUUUCUCUCGCGGUCUCUCUCUCUCUCCCCUCUCUCUUUCUCUCUCUUUUUAAGUUAUGGAUACUUAUCUGCGUAAAAAGUUAAACUUCAGCCAACAAUGAGUGUGGAGGAGCUUCUGUGGCCUCGAGCAAAGUUGGACUUGAUCAUCUUAGCGGGUAUCCAUUCAUGGAAGGACUGCUUUAUAGCACUCUGAGGACAAGAAGAAUGACCAUGGAUUCCUAGAAGAUAAAAACUCCAGAUCUUAGAGGCGAGAGUAGCAGUGUUAGAGCGGAGCUCAGCUGAAGCGGAGCGGAGGGCACAAGGCGUCUGGUCUUCAAGUCAUCGCCAGGCGAGUGAAGCCGACACAACGGAUCAUGUGUGCUGCGGCUCUGGAGGAGUUUUGUGGGUCGGUCUUUUGGAAUGCAUCCUUUGUGGAGAGAGAGGACCCAGACCUCCCUGUAUGUGUGGAGCAGACGGUUCUGGUCUGGAUCCCACUGGGGUUCCUGUGGCUCUCUGCUCCAUGGAACCUCAUGCCUUUAUGCAGAAGAUCGCAAGUAAAUACAAAACACCGGACUAAACUCUACCUCUGCAAACAGCUUGUGGUGUUUCUGUUGUUCCUGACGGCCGUUGGAGGUCUGAUCGUCACAUUAGUGGAAGAUUUUGGUCCAAACAGCUCGGCUGAGAAAAAUUCUGCUGUGUUCUACACAAACCCAGUCCUGUUCGCUGUCACAUGGAUCCUUGUGCUGUUGUGUCAGGAAGGAGUGAGACGAAAGGAAAGAGCAGUAGACUCUUCUACUCUUUUCUUUUUCUGGUUCCUUCUUGUUCUGUGUGAUGUUUUCCCUUUCCAGACGCUCCUACGGGAAGCUCUUAGGCAGGGAGAGGUGAGAGAUAUCCCUCGUUUCUCUCUUUUCUACAUUUCCUUUGGGCUGGAGUUGAUUGCACUGGUUCUCUCCGCUGUGGCCGACAUCCCUCCAGAGGCAGAGGAGCUCGUGAAAAAGAAUCCAGAGGCUGGUGCAGCGUUCUUGAGCAGAAUCACCUUUAACUGGUUCAACAGCAUGGUGGUGAAGGGCCACAAAACCCCUCUGGUUCAGGAGGACUUGUGGGAGCUGAACGAGACGGACAGCACCGCCUACAUCAGCCAGCGUUUCAAUCAACACAUGCGGUACGAGUUGGGUCUGGCUCGGAUCCGAUUUCAAAAAAAGUUGAAGAAUAAACUGCUCAAAGACCCGAGUAAAGCGGUGGAAGAAGCUUCUCAAAGCAACGGUCUGGGGAAAGGUGUGAGUCAGGAUGUGCUGAUGAUGGAGGAAAAAGGAAAGAAAGAGGAAGAAAAGAAGAAGAAAAAUGAAAAAAAGAAGGAGGAAACCAAUUAUCCAAAUGCAUGGCUGGUUACCACGCUUUACAAAACAUUUAAAGGGAUUCUGAUUGAAUCUGCCUUCUUCAAACUUCUCCAAGACCUUCUGGCUUUUGUCAGUCCUCAACUCCUGAAGUUGAUGAUCUCCUUCAUUCAGAACAAAUCCAGCUAUGCCUGGGUUGGGUAUUUGUAUGCAGUGCUGCUGCUGGUGGUGGCUCUUCUGCAAUCUCUGUUAUUGCAGCAAUAUUUCCAGAGAUGCUUUGUUCUGGGGAUGAAGGUCCGAACUGCCCUCAUGGCUGCCGUCUACAAAAAGGCUUUGGUGAUGUCUAAUGAUAACCGUAAAGAAUCAACCGUCGGAGAAACCGUGAACCUCAUGUCAGCAGACGCCCAGCGCUUCAACGACGUGACCAACUUCAUCCACCUGCUGUGGUCCUGCCCUCUGCAGAUCAUUGUUUCCAUCGUUUUCUUGUGGAUGGAGUUGGGACCUUCAACUCUGGCAGGGCUGGGAGUAAUGGUGCUAAUGGUGCCAAUUAAUGGACUGCUAGCCAACCAGGCCAGAAAAUUCCAGAUAGAAAACAUGAAGUUCAAAGACAAGAGACUGAAAAUAAUGAAUGAAAUGCUCAACGGAAUCAAGAUCCUGAAGCUGUUUGCGUGGGAGCCGUCGUUCCGGACUCAAGUUGAAGACAUUAGAGGAGAAGAGCUGAAGGUGAUGAGGAAGUUUGCCUAUCUCUCAUCCGUCUCCACUUUCAUCUUCUCCUGCGCCCCCGCUCUGGUUUCUCUGGCCACAUUUGCUGUAUUUGUUGGUGUGAGCUCAGACAAUAUAUUGACCGCUGAGAAAGCCUUCACUUCCAUCUCUUUGUUCAACAUCCUUCGGUUUCCGCUGGCCAUGCUGCCAAUGCUCAUUGCUUCCAUUGUGCAGACAGCAGUGUCUAAGAAGAGACUGGAGAAGUUUUUGGGAGGAGAUGAUCUUGACAGCGACAUUGUGCGUCAUGACCCUAGUUUUAACUCUGCUGUCAGCAUAUCUAAUGGUUCCUUUUCAUGGGAAAAAGACUCUGAGCCUCUGCUGAAAAAUGUGUCACUGGACAUUAAGCCUGGUCGGCUGGUAGCCGUAGUGGGAGCUGUGGGCUCAGGGAAAUCCUCUCUCAUGUCAGCCCUCCUGGGAGAGAUGCACAGCACCAAAGGCUUCAUUAACAUUCAGGGUUCUCUUGCAUUCGUACCACAGCAAGCCUGGAUCCAAAAUGCCACUCUGCGAGACAACAUCUUGUUUGGCUCUCCCUUUGAAGACAGGAGGUUCCAAGACGUAGUGGAGGCCUGUGCUCUUGGCCCCGACCUCAAGCUGCUGUCUGCAGGAGACCUCACAGAGAUCGGAGAAAAGGGUAUCAACCUGUCAGGAGGUCAGAAACAGCGUGUCAGCUUGGCCAGAGCGGCCUACAGCCAGGCUGAUAUUUUUCUGUUAGAUGACCCCCUGUCUGCUGUGGACUCUCAUGUCGGAAAGCAUCUGUUUGAUAAAGUUAUUGGACCCAAUGGGCUUCUCAAAAACAAGACUCGUAUCCUGGUGACUCAUGGAGUUAGUUUCCUGCCUUAUGUGGAUGAAGUUGUGGUUUUGGUAAACGGACAGGUUUCUGAGAUCGGAUCCUACCAGAGCCUCCGUGCCAGCAAAGGAGCUUUUUCAGAAUUUUUGGACGAAUACGCCAAGGAGCAAAGUAAUCAGACAACCCAUGAAAAAGAUGGUUACCAGGAUACAGAGGAUGUGGAGCUCAUCCCCGACAGAGAGGACACUCAGCCAGACUGCCCUCCAGAGGACGCCGUUUCUUUUACACUGAAAAGAGAAAACAGCAUCCGACGCAGCCAAAGAGGAACUAGAAGCAGCUUCAGAUUAAGAAAAAACAGCACCUUAAAACCAGCAGAAGAUACUGGGGAGACAAAAAAAGGUCAAAGGCUGAUAGAGAAAGAAACUAUGGAAACGGGACAGGUCAAAUUCUCGGUGUACCUGCAGUACCUGCGAGCCAUGGGCUGGGGAUAUACUUUUUGGAUCUUCUUAAUUUACUUUAUCCAAAAUAUCGCCUUCAUCGGUCAAAACCUGUGGCUGAGUGACUGGACCAAUGAUGCAGCAGAGUACUACAACCAGACGUACCCUUCCUCGAUGAGGGACACCAGGGUGGGAGUGUUUGGUGCUCUUGGAGUAGCUCAGGGUUUAUUUGUGUUCCUUGGCACGCUGCUCCUAGCCAACGCUUCAGUUAACGCAUCUCGGAUUCUGCAUUCGAGACUACUAAACAACAUUCUCCGGGUCCCCAUGCUUUUCUUUGACACUACACCAAUCGGAAGAGUUGUCAACCGGUUUGCAAAGGACAUAUUCACAGUAGACGAAACCAUCCCUCAAUCGUUUCGCUCCUGGAUCUUGUGUUUGCUGGGCGUACUGGGGACACUGUUUGUCAUCUGUCUGGCUACGCCUUUCUUCACCAUCAUCAUCAUUCCUCUGGCUGUGAUUUACUUUUUUGUGCAGCGAUUCUACGUAGCCACUUCCCGACAGCUGCGCCGCCUGGACUCGGUGUCUCGCUCUCCUAUAUACUCUCACUUUGGCGAGACCGUGUCGGGUCUGUCCGUGAUAAGAGCCUACAACCAUCAGGAGCGGUUUUUGAAACACAAUGAAGUAACCGUCGAUGAAAACCUGAAAAGUGUCUAUCCGUGGAUCGUGUCAAACAGAUGGCUGGCCAUCCGUCUGGAGUUCCUGGGAAACCUGGUGGUGUUUUUCUCUGCUCUAUUUGCGGUUAUAUCCAGGGACUCCAUUGAUAGCGGCCUAGUUGGUCUGUCCAUAUCAUAUGCUCUUAAUGUGACUCAAACCCUCAACUGGCUAGUAAGGAUGACCUCAGAACUGGAAACUAAUAUUGUAGCUGUGGAGAGAGUCAGUGAAUACUCUGAGCUUGAGAAUGAGGCUCCCUGGGUGACCCAGCAUCGACCUCCAGAGAAGUGGCCAGAGGCAGGAAGGCUGCAGUUUUUAGACUAUAAGGUCCGUUACAGACCUGAACUGGACCUGGUCCUGAAAGGGAUUACCUGUGACAUCGCCAGCACUGAGAAGAUUGGUAUAGUGGGCCGCACAGGAGCUGGAAAAUCAAGCCUGACAAACUGCCUGUUCCGCAUUAUUGAAGCAGCUGAAGGACGUAUCCUCAUCGAUGAUGUAGAUAUCUCCACAAUUGGACUCCAUGAUUUAAGAAAUAAUCUUACAAUCAUCCCACAGGAUCCUGUCUUGUUCUCUGGUUCGCUGAGGAUGAAUUUGGAUCCGUUUAAUAAGUUCAGCGACGAGGAGAUCUGGAAAGUCCUUGAGCUCUCUCAUCUGAAGGAUUAUGUAGCUGGGCUGCAGGAAGGAUUACAGCAUGAGGUUGCAGAGGGAGGAGAAAACCUCAGGUGGGCUGACUCAUAAAACAGCAGAAUGUG